GCCUGUGUGGAUUUGGUUGAAGGGAGGGGAACGAUAUAAUCUGUGUUAGCAGGACUGAAUGAGAAACACAUGCAGCAUGAGGGAGUGUGGAGUUACUGAGCUUGUCUGAUUGUGGGGUUGUGCAGAAAGAGAGGGAGAGAGCGCUGGAGGAAUUAACAUUGCAGAUUGCACAAGAAAUCAAACAGGAAAACUUCAGCCAACAAGAGUUUUUCACUGAAUAUAUUUGAAAACAAAGCUGCAAAGGUUUGGUUCAAGAGAAAACACAUCCAGUCCUGAGCAAAAACUAGGGAGAAGCUUUUUCCUUUGUUUUGUGUUUGUAUGAUUUACUCUGAAGGACAUGACCAGUGCAGUCUUUAGGAGAGGAUCCAGCAAAGAGGGUUUGAAAAACCUCUUGCGACUAACUGCACAGAGGAGCAUGGAAGAUGAGGAGGAGAUAGCCCGUGAGCGCCGUCGUCGAGCACGUGAUGAGAGACGCUAUGACCAAGACGACAGUGGGUCCUUCACCAGCAGCACGUCAUCCACACCCGUGUUUGAGAGCCUGUCAACAACUGAGGAAAACCAGUACAACUUCAACUGUAAAUCAGCGAAUUCUGCCUUGGAUGAAGAUGAGGGCUUCAGCGAUUGGACUCAGAGGCGAGAGGAGCGACGGCAGAAACGCAGGGAGGAGCUCAGCCAGAUGGAGAAGGACCAUGUUGAUGAGUCACAAACAGAUCGUGCUGACACUCUGAGGGACAGAAUGGGGCAGGAGCAUCAGGAGGGUCCAAGUGUUUGUAAACUGAAAAUGUGGCAGAUUGAGGAGGAGGAAAGAAAGAUGCACCAAAGGAAACAAAGAGAACAAGAGGAAGAGGAGGAAAAUUGUCAGCGGAGAGCUCGUGAAACGCAGCAACGAGAGAUGGAGGAGAUGGAAAGAGCUCAGAAAUACCUUGAUGAUAAAGAAAGAUUGAAAUACGUGAGAGAAGAGAAAGAGCGACUGAACCUGAACAGCAUGGAGAAGGAGAGACGAAAAUUAGAAGUCGAGAAGAGACCAAAAGAAAACGAGAUGAAGACAUCCCACACAGCCCUGGCAUGGACUGAGCAUAGCGGUUAUGAGGAGGAAAAUAAUGACAUGAUACGAGACAAAAUGGCUUCGCACCAAGGCUGUAGGACCACCAAGACAAUACUGAGUGAGUUUCCUGAAACGGAUGAGGAUGGAGAGCUUACCCGCCUGGAAGCUGAACAGAAGUUGGAGCAGAUCCGUCGGAGUCUCGAUGAGAAGGAGAACCAGGAGUAUGAGCGCCUGCGGCAGCGAGGUCAUGAUGCUGAGCUGGAGCUGGAAGAACUGAAGAAGAGGAGGGAAGACAGGCGUAAGCUGCGGGAAGAAGAGGAACAGCGUCGCCAACAGCAGGAACUGGAGCUGCAAGCCAGAGAGGAGGAAGAGAAAAGAAGAAUGAGAGAAGAGAGAGAAAAACGGAGGAUGGAGGCAGCAGAGAAACGUCAGAAAGUUCUUAGUAUUUCAGGUAGUGAAAUGGAGGACCCAUUCAUUCCCCUCAGUCCCAAGAGCCCAACAUUUAAGAAAGAGUAUGACGAGGGGAUGACGCCAGAAACAACUUGCUUGAUUAGUGAAAGGACAGAAUCGUUGAACCGCUCACUGAAGAAGAGUAACAGUAUUAAAAAGACGCAGCCCAUAACUAACAUAUCAAAGAUUGAUGAACGAUUGGAGCAGUAUACCAGUGCCAUUGAGAGCACUACAAAGUCACUCAGACACACGUCGUUGGACAUGCCGAAUCUACCAGAGGACGUUGCCACCAAGAAGAGCCUAUGGGAAUCAGGCGAUGUUGCAGGCUAUUCAGUUGCCAAAGGAACACCAUGUAAGGAUACUGAUGGGCUGAAAGUGGGUGUCUGUGACCUCAUCAAUCAAUGGGUGAGCAAGAACCCAGAGUCCAAUUCUCGGUCCAGCCCCUCCAAACCAGCAGAAAUUAAGGUUGGGGAUGUGAGGAGCAAAAAGAAUAUUUGGGAGAACAAGGGUGAUUCCCAUUCUGUCACCAAAUCACCACAAGUUGGAAAGAAUCAUCCCUCUGGUACAAGAUACAAGUUUGUGGUUGUUGGUCAUGGAAUGUACGAGAAGGUCCCCAUCACUGAUGAUGAGAAUGGUACCAAUCAAAAUAGUCAAUCCUCUGAAGUUGAACAUUUUAUUAAAGAACAUUGAAGAACUGGAGCCAAGAUGCGGACCAAAAGCUGUCAAGCUGAUUAAUUUUAUAUAUUUUUGUUUAUCUACAAACCAGUUAUUCUUAUAUCAUUACUGUAUUUCUUUCUCUCUGAUACUGCAGUAGUUUAGCCAGUAUAGGUAUUUGAAGAAUAAGAAUGAUUCUGUAAAAGAUUCUGCAGGACACAUAUGUCAAAGACAGUCAGAAUAACUCUAGUUCAAUAGACAUCAUCUUAUUCUAAUUCAGUAAUCAAAGCUCCCCAUCUGAUAAACUGAAAGUAUUGUUUUCUACAGGUACCAGCCUCAGGUCAGUAUCUGUUUGUUAUUUGUAAGGGGAGUAGGGUAGGGUGUGUAGGGGUAGGCAAGAUUGUUGAAUGGGUAAGAAAAUCGAACCACUACAUCAAUUGCUGUCCUGGGAUAUUAGAAUUCUAUAAACAAGCAUUCACAGACUCAAAAACUUUGAUAUUGUCAGGGAUGCCGUUAAACAGUUGAUUGUGUUUUGACACGAAGUUUAAAUGACUUUGUAAUGGGAACUUUUUAAACUGGCUUUACAUGAGCCACAAUAUUAACACAAGGGACACAAAGCUUGACCACCAUUGGAAUAGCCCCUUCUCACUUCCUUGCUAUUGUGCGAAUUGGAUAAUUUCACAUCCAACCAAGUUAGGUGACUGACUUUGCAUCAAUACAAAUUGUCUAGAAUGACUGGUUUACCAGAAGACCCAUAAAAGUCACAACCUAACUUCAAUUCUCUGUAAUUCAUUACAUGCAAAAAUUGGUUGAGAAAUAAAUAUUUACUGUA